AUGGAAGAGGACGCUUUACCACCAUAUGAACCAGUCACAUGUGCGGAACAAAGAACCGUGAAGGUUGUUCCUCAUCCGGUGCAACAGUAUGACCUUUUCCAGCUGCCAAAAUACAAUAAAACUUGGCAUGCCCACAUCAUCCGCUGUGAUGAGAAGGGUUCCGAGUUUCCUGCAUGGAAGAUGCCCUCUGUCUACACUGUUGGGUCACUUCCCGAUAGUCAUUGUGUCGUGGUUGUUACCUCUCGCAUUCGACAAAAAUUCAACGAGAUAUACAGACAAUACAUCUUGCGUGAAGUCGAAGCUGGAGACGACGUCUUCCUCGACAUUUUCACGCCAAAUAAUAAAAAUAUAGAAAAAUACGGCCUAGAGGCAGCGAAAAGGAAGACCCGGUCUGAUGUCCUCGGGAGGGCCGUCGAAGGCGUUGCCACCACUGGUCUCGCGCUAUAUCGGUAUUACAUGAAAAUCAUCCCCGUCAAUUCCGACCGACUGCCACUUGAGUGGGCACUGUUGGGUUAUCACCUAGGAGUGUCAGAACCGGAGGUCCGCGAUCAGUUUACGUUGUUAUCCCUGCUUCUUGAACUACAUUUCGUGCAAGAUCUGAACAGCGACGACGUAUCUCAACUCCUUGAGAAGAAAGGACAAGAUGGGUGGGAAAAAUACUUGGAGAUGAGGGCAUCCCUGGCAACUGAAAACAUAGUCGAGAAUACCGAUGAAGAGAUGCACGAAAUAUUACUGGUCCGUGGACUGCUGGAAUUUGCUGGUCACCAGGCGCGUGUUCUCUAUUAUCAGCACGACCCAGAAGGGACCCCGCAAGACCAAGAGAGGACCAUCACUGACAGUUGUCGCAUACUUGGUCGGGCCCUUCGUUGUGUUUUCGAGGCCAAGGACGAAGGCGAGUCCGAAAGGUCAAACAGAAUGCAUGGGAGAAUGCAGAUCCCUAGGCCCUUAGGUGCACACGAAGUACGAGAGCGCCUCAUCCAGUCGGGAUACUCAAACAUCGAAAUUUCGGAGUUGUCUGUUAACCUCCCAAUUUUCUUGCCAAUUGGAAUUCCUGUUCCCUACCGUGAGACCUUACCAGCGACAUUAGUCAAUGGGCUCAAGCGGAAAGUAGUGAUGGAUGCCAUCACUGUGAUGAGCAGUAGCGAUACCUAUAUGCUUCAUCUUCCGGCAUUGCGGGGGGAAGAGAACCAUAUAAUGAUGUUCCUUCUUUAUCUUGUCAAGAAUGGACUAGAACCAGAAGUUACCACGGCAUGGAUGAAUUCCACAGAAGGCCAGAGUAUAUACGACCGCACCUUGACAAGAAUGCGGGAACAACUACAAUCAUUGGAGCAAUCUAUUUUGUGUCUGAAUACCUUGCGCGCUUAUCUUUACCUUCUCGACCCACCUGAGCCGGCCAUAGAACCUGUCUACGCUUGCUACCUUGGCGACUUUACUUAUCUUCUACACGGCGACACGCAAAUCAAUCGGCGAAGUGUAUUAGAGGUGGUAGCAGGCUCUGCUCAAAAGACGUUGAUACGUCUUCCACCUGGCGUUGCCCAGAUUGCUAUGCCUAUUACCAGGCCACCGCCGGUACACUGGUGUGAUGGAUUUGUUGACCGGUAUUGGCAACAUCGGUCAAAUGAAGCAAUGACGCAUGAAGAAGCUUACCGAAGGACUGUUCUUUCCGUUGCAACAUAUCCUGCAAUGCCUCAGAAAGAACAACAAAUCACUCCAGAGCUAGUCAGCUGGCUUGUCGAUUUACGACCCGGGCAAGUACAGGAUAUUGGAGGGGAUGUCACAACACAGCACAUCCAGGAGGAAUUGAAGAACUCCAUGUACCUUGGCAACUAUCUCGGUAAAGAGGUCUGCUAUAUUGGAUCUUCCUGGCCAGGAGGGGGCACAUCUUCCCAAUCUACUGGGGAAAGAAUUAUCUUGGGAGAACACGCCUCUGAGCUGGCUCAACAGCUUUGCCUAUUACAUGAACUCAUCAUAUUCGACCUUGGCUCUGGGGACUCUGAGAAGUUACUGCCGAUAUUUAACGAGCUCGAGAAAGCAGAGAAGGCUUGUCGCUAUUUCGCAGUCGAUGUCAACAGGGCUUCACUUGAAAGCCAUGUUCAGCGCUUAAGUAAGCGAUAUAAACACGUGGACUGCUAUGGGCUCCACGGAAGUUUCGAAGACGCAAGGAGAGUAGCGAUGGAUAUGCCAGGGAAGAGAGUUGGUAUCUCAUGCUCCUCCACAUUGACCGACUUUGAACCCAAAAAACUUCACCGAAUCUUACAAGGUUGGCACGAGGUGGUGGACCAGCUCAUCGUCGGUCAGCAUGAGCCGGUGGAGAAGAAGGAGUUGGAAAUCUCCUAUCACACGACUCAAUUCACUGAAUUCGUGAGAGGUGGCUGGGAUCAGGCAAACAGGCUUUUAGGGUGGACAGAAUUUGACGAUGAACGGUGGAAACUUCACGGAGGACUUUCAGCGCAUAAUCCAGAACUCCGGAUGGAGAGUAUCGAAAUGCUACCAAGAUGGGAAGACCAAGAUGUCUCAAAAGGCCGACGCUGGGCCUUGCAGGCUGCCCCACCGGCUCAACACGCUUGA